AUCAUUUAUUUUAUUAAAUUCAUGCCAAAAGCAAUGUGCUAUAUAUUUUUGAGAGAUGAAGGGAGUAAUAUAUUAUUAUUAUUAUUAUGCUUAUAAAAGAAAUUUUGUGGAGUAAUUGAAAUCUGGUUAUUAUUAACUGUAUUACCUGUCGUGUUUCAGGCCACAAGAAAUCAGCUCGAAAUACCACUCUCCGCCACCGUCCACCAUUCCUCCGCAGAACCAUGGCCGGAAUGAUGAACUUCACCGCCACUCCUGCUUUCUGGCCGGUGUCGACGAGCAGAGCUACCAAUGGCAGAUUGUUUAUGGUGAAGUUAUCAGCAAAUGCUUCCGAAACUCCAUUGUCCUCUAUAUCUCCGCCGCCCAAUUUCAAGGCGCCGCCGCCCAAACCAUUCUCCAUCCGCCCCGAUAGGGUUUUUGACAUUUUGGGGGCUUCUCUCGCUUUGCUUUUUCGCCUCACCACCAGUGUACUUGUCUCAGGGUAUUCUGUAAACAUAGUGCCAGCAACGGAGAUUCCACCUGAUCAGUAUGCUCUAGGAUUUGCUGGUUUUAAGUUGAAAGAGAGUUCAAAGUUAGGCCCUCGCCCCGAAAAGCCAAUUGAGAUAUAUGAAUUUGAAAGCUGCCCGUUUUGUCGGAAGGUUCGGGAAAUUGUUGCAGUUUUGGAUCUUGAUGUCUUGUAUUAUCCUUGUCCAAGAAAUGGCCCAAAUUUUCGUCCCAAGGUUUCCCAAAUGGGUGGAAAACAGCAGUUCCCAUACAUGGUGGACCCAAACACAGGAGUUUCUAUGUAUGAAUCAGAUGAGAUAAUCAAGUAUCUGGUUGGGAAAUAUGGUGAUGGUAACGUCCCCUUGCUGCUCUCUCUUGGUCUAUUAACAACUUUAACAGAGGGAUUUGCUAUGAUUGGUCGACUUGGGAAGGGCUCUUCAUACACUCCAUCAAAACUACCACCUAAACCUCUAGAGAUUUGGGCGUAUGAGGCUUCACCAUUUUGCAAAGUCGUGCGUGAAGUACUUGUGGAGCUGGAGCUACCUCACAUACUACACAGCAUUCUAUUCCUUGUCCGACAAAGGUUGCAUUUCAGUUGCGCUAGGGGCAGCCCGAAACGACAAGUCCUUUACGAGCGAGUUGGACAUUUUCAGGUCCCUUAUUUGGAAGAUCCAAACACAGGAGUGGAGAUGUUUGAGAGUGCAGAAAUUGUUGACUAUCUCAAGGCAACUUAUGCUCUCUGACUCCCAGAGUUGAUUAUUUUUUAUUAUUGUUAUGUUUUUCCAUACAAAUUAAUGUUAUAAUACAUAGUGUAAACAAAUUUCUUUGACUGGAGUCCAUGGAUUCUAAUAUAUAUUUUGUGACUCGUUAUAUGUAAAGUAGCUUUCAUAAUAAUGAAAAGGAUAUGUAUGAUAGUGUGCAUUA